UCGCACGCGUAUUCUCAGUUUGGCCGACGUAAAAAGAGAGAGAGAAAAAAAGCGUUGCCACUCCCCUUUAUGCGUGUCCAGUCUCCUCGGAUCUCGCCCUGGAGCCCAGCAGGGUACAGUUUGACAAAGAAUCGGUAAUAAUGAGAAUAUGACCCACAUAUCAUCUUUCAGUCCGAAUCAAACUCGCUGAUGUGAUCAGCCGGUGCUCGCGCGGUGGGUUCUCCACAGACACGACAGGUUACAGCGGCAUCCUCUCUGCUUUUCCCUGUUUUCUGAGAAAGUGAAACCUCUAAUAACACCGUUAGCCGAUAUGAGACGAAUAACGGGAAAAGCAAAAGAAGAAACUUUGAUCGAGCUGCAGAGCACCACAGAGCCACAGUCUGCAGACGGUCCUGCUGUGCUGACUGCGUUCAGGAUAAACCUGCACUCAGAAAGCAGCGGAAAUGGCGUCAGUUCAGUUUCUGAAAGCAGUCCACUGCCUGGAAAUACAGAAACAGAAAAGCUGCAACCAAACAGAGACACGGUGUUCUUCAGGGAUGGAGUGCGCAGAAUAGACUUUGUGUUGUCGUAUGUAGAUGAUAAAGAUGAAAGGAAACAGGAAAGGAGGAGGGAGUUUGAGGCCAACCUUGAGAAAGUAGGUCUGGAGCUGGAAACAGAAGAUAAAGCUGACUCUAAAGACCUCAAGACCUACUUCUUAAAGAUCCACGCUCCAUGGGAAGUACUGGCCGCCUAUGCUGAUAUCUUAAAGAUUAAAGUUCCCUUCAAGGAAAGUGAUAUCCCUUAUGGUCAGGAUGUCCCAUUGGAGUGGCUGUCAUCCCCUUUUCGCCUGCCGGACCACAUCAUGCACCCUGAGCCUGACUAUUUCACCUACCACUUCGACAAGACCAAGAUUGACUUCUUCCUUAUCAAUGACAAGGAUACGUUCUUCCCACCAUCCACGAGAAACAGAAUUGUUUUUUAUAUCCUGGCUCGCUGUCCAUACUACAACGAGGGUCGGAAAGAUAAAGAGAAGACUGGAAUCAAGCGACUACUCAGCAAUGGGACCUACACAGCAGCUUUUCCACUCCAUGAUUGUCGAUACUGGAAAAGAGCGAGGAAUGCUGAAUGUGAAAGCGAGCGCUACAAUCUGUACCACCACUGGGCCAGAUUCCUCUGCUUCUACAAAGAACAGCCUCUGAACCUCAUCAGGAAGUAUUAUGGGGAGAAGAUUGGGAUCUACUUUGCCUGGUUGGGUUUCUACACAGAGAUGCUGUUCUUUGCAGCCAUCAUGGGCCUUAUAUGCUUCACAUAUGGAGUGCUUAGUUACGAUGACAACAUAUCAAGCAAAGAAAUAUGCGAUGCUGAGAUUGGGGGCAAUAUUGUGAUGUGUCCGCUUUGUGAUAAGAAGUGCCCUUUCUGGAAACUCAACUCCACAUGCCUCUCAUCAUGGCAAUCCCAUCUGUUUGAUAAUGAGGGAACAGUAUUCUUCGCCAUAUUUAUGGGGAUUUGGGUAACCCUGUUUUUGGAGUUCUGGAAGCGGCGACAAGCUCGGCUGGAGUACGAGUGGGAUUUAGUGGACUUUGAGGAGGAGCAGCAACAGCUUCAAAUCCGCCCUGAGUUUGAGAUCAGAUGCACAAACAGGAGACUGAACAAGAUCACAAAGGAAAUGGAGCCAUAUCUUCCUGUCACCAGCAAGUGUGCUCGCUUCUGCCUCUCUUCAGCCACUGUUUUAUUCUGGAUUUCUCUCAUCGUGGCCUGUAUUAUUGGGGUGAUAGCUUACAGGUUGGCUGUAUAUGCCGCCUUUGCAAGCAUCAUUAAAGACCCAUUGAGAAAGAUCCAGCUGGUGGGAAGAUUCAUUACUCCGCAGUUAGCAACGUCUGUCACUGCUUCCUGCAUUAACUUUGCCAUCAUCAUGAUCCUUAACUUCUUCUAUGAAAGGGUGGCCAUCUGGAUCACUGAUAUGGAAAUCCCGAAAACCCACCUAGAGUACGAAAACAGGUUGACGAUGAAGAUGUUUAUGUUCCAGUUUGUCAACUAUUACUCCUCCUGCUUCUAUGUGGCCUUCUUCAAAGGGAAAUUUGUGGGUUAUCCUGGUGAAUAUUCAUACAUGUUUGGCAAAUGGAGCAAACUGAGAAAUGAGGAGUGUGAUCCUGGAGGCUGUCUGAUAGAGCUGACCACACAGCUGGUGAUCGUCAUGGCUGGGAAGCAGUUAUGGGGGAACAUUCAGGAGGCUCUCCUGCCGUUGAUACGUAACUGGUGGAGUAGCAGAGGAGGUCGGCACAAUCCUGAGAACCAUUACAGCCGCUGGGAGCAGGACAACGUUCUGCUGAACUUCACUCAGCUGGGCUUGUUCUAUGAAUACCUGGAGAUGGUGAUCCAGUUUGGCUUCAUCACUCUGUUUGUGGCCUCCUUCCCAUUGGCCCCUCUCUUGGCUCUGUUCAAUAACAUCCUUGAAAUCAGAGUGGAUGCUUGGAAGUUCACCACCCAGUUCAGGCGACCAGUGGCAUCCAAGGCCCGAAACAUUGGAGCCUGGCAGGAGAUCCUCAACGCAGUGGCCAUUUUAUCUGUUGUUACUAAUGCUUUCAUCAUGGCCUUCACUUCAGACAUGAUCCCCCGUAUGGUGUAUCUGUAUGCCUACAGUAAUAAGACCAGCAUGAGGGGUUAUGUGAACAACAGCCUGUCAAUAUACAACAUUUCACAGAUACCUCAGGAAAACAUGCCAGAGGACAUCUGGUCUGAUAACUCCACCACUUGCAGAUACCGGGACUACCGUUACCCUCCCGGUCACCAGAGGGAAUACACACACACCAUGCAGUUCUGGCACAUCCUGGCAGCCAAAAUGGCCUUCAUCAUCAUCAUGGAACAUGUUGUCUUUGUGGUGAAGUUCUUCGUGGCGUGGAUGAUCCCAGAUGUACCAACAGAUGUAAAAGCCCGCAUCAAACGGGAGCGCUACCUGAUACAAGAGUACCUGCAUAACUACGACGUGGAGAAGCUCAAACUCCAGCUGAGUGCCAGUUUCAUCACAGAGCCACUGUCAGAAGUGUCAGUGACACCGGAUAAGUAUGAAGUGCUGUCUGAGUGCCUGUAGCAUCUCACUAACCAAGCCAUCAGAGGACAUUGUAAGGGCUUUUGGCUUAGAGAUAAAACACUAUUUCUUCUCAUUUGAACAGAUGCUAUUGCUUGCCAAGAUCUUCUCCUAUAUUAGGAUCUAUCUACAUAGAGGUGUCAGAAAAAAAUAAAUAAAUGCAGCAUAAAUUUUUCAUUUAGCUUAAAUACCUACAUUUUGCUUUCUUGAUAUCUUUGACAUGGAAAUGCUUAGAGAUGUUGGGGUAGAAAGCAAACUGCAGCUGCAGCUUCUACUCUUCUCCCAUACAAUGAUAACCUUUGAGUGUGCUGAUAGAGUUGCAUUGUAAUGUUGUCAUGUGUCCUUAAGUACCCUUCAAGGAGUUGAUUAUUUUGUAACUAAGUUCAUGUUUUAAACAAUAAGAAUACAUAAUACAGGACUGGUCUAUUUAUUGAAGAUAUAUCAGCUAUGAAAAUAGAAUUGAAAAUUCACCUGAUUUAACUUCAAAUGUAGAAAACAUGUUUGCUUUCAGAUUUUUAGCUCAACGAUACUCAAUGUAUCUGUUUUAUAGCUGGGCUAUAAGGUUUUAUGUCUUCUUAUGGUAUUUGAGUGUACAAACCUUUAAAAAAAACUGUGCAUUUGAAAACUAAAGUACCUCCUUCACACUGCAGUGAAACUGUAAGUAUCAGCAGUGUGGUCUUACUCUGUUCAUUCCAGCCUGUGUUGGGCAGCUGCAGGCUCACAUAACAUCUUCCACAUGUGCAGCCAACCUGCUGCAGGACCAAUGAUAAAACAAUUAUAAAUGUUAUUAUAUAAACGUAUUAUAAAACUGCCAAAACAGAAGAAUACAUGAGGAAAAUGUUGGCAGAUCUUGUGUUUUAUGCAAUCACUUUUUGUGGAUGGGUUUAGGUUGACCGUGUGUUGGUUUUGCUCUGUUAUGUGCACAGUGUGGCAUGUCUUUGUUUUCAGAUUACUGCCCCCUCCAACCUGUAGAGAAAAUUACUGAAACCUUUGCUUUAGAGAUAAACAGAAAGGAGAACUUAAGCUUUUGUUGGGAUACAUGCAGCAUGCAGCAAUUCAGUGUAAAGAUUGUAAUUCAUAUCAUCAAGCUGAUGUCAAAGGGUUGCUGUAAAUAUAAAGAAUAUUAUUUUUAACUUUGUAAAGCAAAUCCUUUUUUGAUCCUCCUUUGCUCUGUAUACUGAAGCAUUUCUGUUUAAAGCUUCUCCAUAAUCCUCAUUCUUAAGAUCUUUCUUACUAAUUAACUUGCAAUACGUGAUUUCUUAUGUUAUAUUCUCCAUUGCUAUGUUAGAUUCUCUUUAAGCAAUGUAAGUAAACAGCUUUUCAUUUACAUUUCAGUAACAAAAAUACUUUGGUAAGGGAUUAAAAGAGUGAAAACCUUCUACACAUUGAGCAGCGGACAAGUGUGUUGGUUACUCAUAAGAUAUAGUACAUUUUUAUUCUCUUCUGUUAAUACAUUCAAACCUCUACAUGUUUUACUGAGUAAAUAAUUCAGUCAUUAUUCAAGUUAUCAGCAGGAUAUCUAUGGCAAUCAAAACCUAAACCCAACUUUCUCAGGAGGAAACAUCUAAUGUUUGUUGAGCAUCACUUGUUGCACACGUUAGACGUGUUCAGCCACUUAAAUCCUGUAAGGUGCAUGAUGACUUUCCAACAAUCUAAAUGCCUUAAACAUCUGUGUUUACUUGUUUUUGUAUGUUUUUGUAAAGGCAAAUUUAUUAUCUAAAAUGAAAACCUGUUUCAUAUUAUUUGUUGCUGCUGUUUGUCAUUUGCAAUGCACCUGCAGGUGUUUUGUGCAUGAAUUGUUCAUGUUUUGUUACAUUCAAAACUCGCUGUAACUAAACUGAAAACGUAUAAGAUUCACAAUAAACAGAGAAGAAACUA